AAUAAAAAAAAUGUUACAUUUUUAUCCGAAUUAAAAGUUUUAACACAUUACUCUAUUCCUUUAAUUAUAACUUUUUUAUUAGAGCAAAUUUUCUCAAUUGUUUGUACUAUUUCUGUUGGAAGAUUAGGUAAAAAUGAAUUAGGCGCUUGCUCUUUAGCUUCAAUGACAGCUACCAUAACUCUAGCUAUUUUUGAAGGUAUUGCAACCUCUUUAGAUACGUUAUGCCCACAAGCUUAUGGCGCAGGAAAAUAUAACUAUGUUGGAAUCCAUAUUCAAAGAUCCUUUUUUUUCUCUUUAUUUUUAUUUAUCCCCUUUGCAUUCUUAUGGUGGAAUUCUAGAAUUUUUCUCUUAUUUUUAAUUCCGUUUGAAGAUGAUUCAAAUUUAAUUGAUUUAACUGUGCUAUUUUUAAGAAUUUUAAUCAUUGGUGUCCCUCCCUAUAUAGGUUUUGAAAAUUUCAAAAGAUUUUUACAAGCCCAGGGAAUCUUUGAGAUUACCACUUAUAUUUUAUUUAUUUGCGCUCCAAUUAAUGUUUUUUUAACUUGGUUUUUAGUUUGGCAUUCAAAAUUCGGGUUAGGUUACAUUGGUGCUCCAAUUGCUACCGUAAUAAACUUCUGGCUAAUGUUCAUUCUUUUAAUUCUUUAUAUUAUAUUCAUUGAUGGCAAAUUAUGCUGGGACGGUUUUACUUUAAAGGCUUUUCAAAAUUGGGAUACUUUGUUGAACUUUGCUAUCCCCGGUGUGAUAAUGCUAGAAGCUGAAAACCUAAGCUAUGAAGUGCUUACCCUAUUAGCGUCAUAUUUUGGCACUGCAGAGUUGGCUGCUCAAUCAGCGGCUUCAACUGUAGCAUCACUAACUUAUAUGAUGCCCUUUGCUGUGGGUAUAGCUUCAUCAACUAGAGUUGCCAAUUUCAUCGGUGCCAAAAAAGCCAAUCAAAGUAAAAUCUCUUGCAAAGUCGGUAUUGUUUCAUCAAUUUUUAUCGGUUUGCUAAACUGUUCUAUACUAUAUUUCAGUAGAUUUCAACUUGCCUCUGUUUUCUCUAAAGAUGACCAAGUGAAAUCCUUAAUAACUAAUAUUUUCCCAUUGAUAUCGGUCAUACAAAUUUUCGAUUCAAUCAACUCUGUUUCCGGCUCGAUUUUGAGAGGCCAGGGCCAACAGAUAAAGGGCUGCAUUAUCAAUUUUUCCAUAUACUACUUUGUUGCGAUUCCACUCAGUGUUAUGUUCGCCUUUUAUUUCGACUGGCAGUUGAUCGGGUUGUGGCUAGGCAUUGGGAUCGGGUUGUUUCUCAUUGCGGCCAUACAGAGCUGGUUUGCCAUGAACGUUGAUUGGGAGAUGCUAGUCAGCAAAGCCUGCGAGCGAAACGAACUCAAGUUCACCUAG